CAAACUUUCCCUGUCGCAUUGUCGCAGAAUUUCAUCUCGAUCUUUGCAUUCCCAGUCUCUUCUUCUUUUCAUCCCCAUUUUCCACAAAAUACCGUCAAUAUGAUCAUUUACAAGGUCAGUCAUACCUUCUUCCUGUCUGCGGAUGAAGAGGCGACACGACCCCGCUUCAACACACCACCAUGUCUUCCAUUACAACCCCCACCACAGCAAAUGCGAAAACAGGUGGGGUACCAUGAAUGAGGAUGGGAUUGCUGACUUGAGAUGGUUCACAGGAUAUCAUCACUGGUGACGAGAUCAUCUCCGACUCCUACGAUUUGAUCGAGGUUGAUGGAGCUGUCUACGAGAUUGACUGCCAAAUGAUCACCGAGGGUGGCGUUGCUAUUGGUACGUGAAACCCCUCAUUUUCGGCAUUUGCUCCAUUCUAACCCAUCCAUACAGACACUGGUGCCAACGCUUCCGCCGAGGAGGCUCAAGAGGAUCUUGAGGAUGGUGUGGUUCAAGUCAACAAUGUUGUGAACUCUUUCCGUCUCCAAUCCACACAAUUCGACAAGAAGUCCUACCUCAGCCAUCUUAAAAGUACAUCUCCAACCCAUCCGAUACAGCGAUCCACGGGCUAACAAGUUUGAUAGCAUACAUGAAGAAGGUCAAGGAGGCUUUGAAGGCCAAUGGAUCUGACGAGGCUGUCAUCACCGCAUUCGAGAAGGGUGCUCAAGCAUAUGCCAAGAAGAUUGUUGGCAACUUCAAGGACUACGACUUCUAUGUUGGCGAGUCCAUGGACCCUGAUGGAAUGUGAGUUCACAAAAUACUUCUGUACAAUUUAAGAUCAAUACUAAUACACUUGUAGGGUCGUUCUUAUGAACUACCGCGAGGAUGGAGUUACCCCAUUUGUUACUGUCUGGAAGCACGGUCUCGUUGGACAGAAGGUUUAGGAGGUUGAAUUUUGUCAGAAGCUAGCGCAGCAUUCCCUGCAUAUUUCCUCCAUAAAGACAUGAGAUAUUGACACCCCCUCUUUCCAAUAUCAUCAUGCCUUCUCCAUUUUAUUAUUUCCUUUGUCAA